UGUUAUAUUGCUACGCGAAACUCUCGUGGUAAAUGUCGAGCAUGUUGGAUGGUUGGGAAGGGAUGGAUGGUGUUUAGUUGAUCGUAAAAGGACUGUUGUGGGGUGUGGGGGGACGAAAGAGUCGCGAGACAUUUAUGGGCAAGGUCUUCUCGAGCGAAUGUAAUUGUAAUCGGAGAGGCGGAAGACAAGUGUUUGAUGAAAUGCAAUUGGAAAGGGAAAUGGAUCCGGCAGGAGUUGGAGGAGGGGGAGGAUAGGGCUUCAUUCAUCAUUCUUCAUCCAUUAAGUAAGCAUUAUUAAGAAUACAAGCAUUAUUAAGACGAUCUAUCAUCCAUGGAGGCCACCAAGGGCUGGUUUCAGCGCUUUCAGCCCAAAGCAAUGAAAGCCGCGCUGGGGAAGAAGAAAGACGACAAUAACACCAACAAUUGCCCUCGGCCUCCCAACGACGAAGCUCCUUCUAACGUAACCAAGCAGAGAGUAGCUGCAGCCAAACAGUACAUAGAAAACCAUUACAAGGCUCAAAUGAAGAGUUUGCAGGAGCGCAAGGAAAGAAGGUGGAUUUUGGAACGUAAACUGGCAGAUGCUGAAGUGUCUGAAGAGGAGCAAAAUAAUCUUCUAAAAUAUCUUGAAAAAAAGGAGACAGAAUACAUGCGUCUUCAACGACACAAAAUGGGUGUUGAUGACUUUGAGCUAUUGACCAUUAUAGGCAGGGGAGCAUUUGGGGAGGUGAGGUUGUGCAGAGAAAAAACAACAGGACAUGUUUAUGCAAUGAAAAAGCUCAAGAAGUCAGAGAUGCUUCGUAGAGGCCAGGUGGAGCAUGUCAAGGCUGAAAGGAAUCUUCUUGCUGAGGUAGACAGCACUUGCAUUGUUAAACUCUAUUGCUCUUUCCAAGAUGAUGAAUACCUGUACCUCAUAAUGGAAUAUUUGCCUGGAGGAGAUAUGAUGACAUUGCUGAUGCGGAAGGAUACUUUGACAGAAGAUGAGGCAAGGUUUUAUGUUGGACAGACAGUUUUGGCCAUUGAAUCAAUUCACAAGCACAAUUAUAUUCACAGGGAUAUUAAACCGGAUAACUUAUUACUUGACAAAUAUGGACAUAUGAAGCUGUCAGAUUUUGGCUUGUGUAAACCAUUGGACUGCAGCAAUUUGCCUACUCUCCAUGAAAAUGAAUUUACAACUGCAAACAAUCUAAAAGAAGUUUUGGUUCUAGAUGGGCGUUCAAAUGCAUCAUCCACUCCCAAACGUACUCAACAGGAGCAGCUCCAACACUGGCAACGAAACAGACGUAUGCUGGCAUAUUCAACUGUUGGUACACCAGAUUAUAUAGCCCCUGAAGUCUUAUUGAAGAAAGGUUAUGGAAUGGAGUGUGAUUGGUGGUCACUUGGAGCUAUUAUGUAUGAAAUGUUGGUGGGUUAUCCACCAUUCUAUUCUGAUGAACCAAUGGCAACUUGUCGGAAGAUAGUGAACUGGAGAACUCACCUUAAAUUCCCAGAAGAAGCCAAGUUGUCAGCAGAGGCAAAAGAUCUUAUUAGUAAACUGCUUUGCAAUGUAGAGCAGAGGCUUGGAACUAAAGGCGCUCAUGAAUUAAAGGCACAUCCAUGGUUUAAAGGCAUUCAAUGGGACAAAUUAUAUCAAAUGGAGGCAGCAUUUUUGCCAGAAGUGAAUGAUGAGCUUGACACUCAAAAUUUUGAGAAAUUUGAAGAGACUGGAUCACAAAUGCAAUCUUCAUCCAGGACAGGUCCAUGGAGAAAGAUGCUUUCUUCAAAGGAUGUAAAUUUUGUAGGUUAUACCUACAAAAACUUUGAAAUUGUUAAUGAUCAUCAAGUACCCGGUAUUGCAGAGUUGAGGAAGAAAAGUAAACCCAAGCGGCCUUCCAUCAAAACUUUAUUUGAUCCAACUGUUGUUGGUAAAGAACCAAUCCAAGGAAGUUUUCUAAACAUGUUGCCGACACAAAUUGAAACAUCUGAAAGUCCAGAGCCAUCGCCACCAGGUAGUAUCUCUUCACCAAAUCGGUUGUCUUCUUUUCAGCCACAUCCUCUGCGUCCCAGAUGACCAGUCACAAUCUACUAUGGAGUUAUUGCCAUACAACAACGAAAAUGUUGCAGAGGAACCAUCUACAUAUUUGUACUCAAGUUGGGAUCUAGGAAAUCAUAUAGGAACCUGUGGGCCACAGUGUGACAUAAUGCUGAUAUUGUAAGUUUUUGGAUAAAGUUUCCCAGUUUUAGGAUGAAAUUGUUGCAAUAAAUAUGCCUGCAUCUGGUCAAAUGAGGCAGCUUUUCUGGGUGUCAAUUGUUGCUUUACAUGCUAUACCAAUGAUCCAGACUGGAAUUUAGAAUUACCCUAAGUAGGAUCUAUUGUGAAUUGCACGUGAAAGUAUAAAUUGCUAUUAAGCAGUUUUUUCAGUUGCCUUGUCUAAUUGAAUGAGGAGUUCUGUAUAUGAGUUUGAACUACCUCAGAAAUUCUUUCAAUUUGUGUCAUAUAUUAUUGCCAGGGCUCUGUGCCUGUUGUUCUAUGAUCUAUUCACUUGAAGCUUCAUAUAGUAAAUCAAGGUGAGGUUCUCUUCCUCAAUUUGCAGCUGUUUGUAUGAGAAGUUGGCAUGCCAAUAUUUUCAUCUUCAGAACAUUUCUUCUUUGCUUGGUGAACAUGCACGUGGUGACAUGUGAACCUAGAUUCGUAGCCACAUUGUUUCGUCAAAUGUAGCGAUGAUCUUGGAGAAAGACCAAAAAAGAUCAGGUUUUUCAAAUUUAUUAUUCUAUUUAGAUUCA